CCAUUUCUUGACUUUAAUGUAUAUUACAGAGAAAGGCAAGAUAUGAGACAAGUUUCGUUGUCAUGGUAACAUUCAUCUAGAGGUGCUCAUUAGAGACUCGUGAUCAUUCAUUUUCCAGUGAAUACAGUUUAUUAAUGGCGUAACUAAGCACCAUCAAUUAUAUAACAACAAUGAUUGGACCUUGCUAUUCUCAAUAAAAAAUCAGGAUCUUGAUCUUACACAACAUUCAUAUAUUUACAUCAAUUAAAAUCAGUUGUGAUCUAAAUGUAAAGCAAAACAGUCGCGGUGAAGUUAUAAAGAUAAUUCAAAAUUAAAUAAAAAGGAAUAAAUUUAAUAUAAAAUACACAUGACAAAAAAAUAACCAAUUUAUUCAAAAAAUGGUUGACAAUUCAUUGAAUUCGAAAGAAACUGACAUCAUUGUAAAAAAUGGAAAAAAGUCUGAAAAAAUUAGUAAUAACCUUGUAUUCUAUGUGAAUGGAGUUGAAGUAAGAGAAAAUCAAGCGCAACCAGAAUGGACACUUCUCUAUUAUCUUAGAAAUAAAUUAGGUUUAGUUGGUACAAAAUUGGGAUGUGCUGAAGGUGGUUGUGGAGCUUGCACUAUAAUGAUAUCAAAAUAUGAUCGUGAGAGAAAAAAAAUUAUCAAUUUUUCUGCAAACGCUUGUUUAAUGCCACUUUGUGCAAUUCAUGGAUUAUCAGUGACAACAGUCGAAGGUAUUGGUUCAACGAGAACAAAACUUCAUCCAGUUCAAGAACGAAUUGCAAAAGCUCAUGGAUCACAAUGUGGAUUUUGUACACCUGGAAUGGUGAUGUCAAUGUACUCAUUGCUGCGGUCAAAUUCAAAUCCAAAAAUGGAAAAUCUCAAAUCUGCAUUAGAUGGUAAUUUAUGUAGAUGCACUGGUUACAGGCCCAUUUUGGAAGGAUUUAAAACAUUUACAGAUGAAUGGAAAGAGUCUCUAAGUUUGAUAAAAAAUGGUACUUCCAAUGAUUCAGUUUGUCCAAUGGGUGAAAAUUGUUGCAAAAGGGCAUUCACAUCAGAACCUAAUGAACUUUUUGAUUCGAAUGCUUUUCGACCCUAUGAUCCUACCCAGGAACCAAUAUUCCCUCCAAAAUUGAUGAUAUCGUCAGUAUUUGACGAAGAGUAUUUGAUAAUUAAAGGGAAAAAUGUCACCUGGUAUAGGCCUAACAAUCUACAAAAUCUGCUAAUUCUCAAGAAUCGUUUUCCAAAUUCAAAAAUUGUUGUUGGCAACACAGAGAUUGGAGUGGAAGUAAAGUACAAAAAUUGUCACUAUCCAAUAUUCAUUCAACCAAGCAGAAUUAAAGAAAUGAAUGAAAUUAUAGAAUGUAAAGAACUACAUAUCGGAGCAAGUAUCACUCUAUCGGAUCUGGAAGAUUUAUUAAAGCAUCAAAUAAAAAUUAAUGAAGAAUCAAAGACGAAAAUUUUUAAAUCAAUUAUCAAUAUGUUACAUCGAUUUGCUGGAUUACAAAUUAGAAAUGUUGCUUCCAUUGGAGGAAAUAUUAUAACAUCCAGUCCAAUAUCAGAUUUAAAUCCCCUUUUCAUAGCAGCUGGUGUUAAACUAAAGGUUGCGAGUUUACGAUUAGGAUUCAGAACCAUUUCAAUGGAUCACCUUUUCAUGACUGGAUAUCGAACAAAUUUAGUAGAACCCGACGAAGUUCUGGUAUCCAUAGCCAUUCCAUUUUCCCAUUCCAAUCAGUAUUUUGUAGCCUACAAACAAUCAAGAAGACGUGACGAUGACAUUGCUAUUGUAAACAUGGCUUUAAAUCUCUUUUUUACACCUUCUAAAGAAAAAGAAGUAGCUAUCGUUCAAAAUGCAAAUUUAGUCUUCGGUGGAAUGGGUCCAACAACAAUUGUUGCUAAAAAAACAUCUGAAUCUCUGAUAGGUGAGAAAUGGAACAGAGGGAUUUUAGAUAAAACAUACAACAAUCUGUUGAAAGAAUUUUCUCUAUCGGAUGAUGCUCCAGGUGGUAUGGUCUCUUAUAGAAAAUCAUUAGCCUUGAGUUUAUUUUUCAAAGCAUUUACCUUUGUUGAAAACCAAUUGGAAAGCAUUCAAAGACAAACAUCUUUGAAACAAGAAUUAGCAUUUGAGGAAUUUGUCUUUAAGGAUCCAACAAGUUCUCAGUAUUUUCAAGUGGUACCAAAUAAUCAAUCAAGCUGGGAUUUGAUAGGAAAACCAGUUGUGCAUUCCAGUGCUAUGAAGCAAGCAACGGGAGAGGCAUUGUACUGUGACGACGUUCAGCAAUUCAGAGACGAAGUACACUUAGCUUUUGUCUUAUCAACAAAAGCCCAUGCCAACAUUCUGAAAAUAGAUCCAUCCGAUGCUUUGGCUCUCAAUGGUGUAAUUGCUUUCUUUGAUGCUUCUGAUAUCAACUCAUCGGAAACUGAAGAAGAUAGAAAUAUCUACGAGCUUAUAGCCAGAGAUGAACCAAUCUUCGCUAGGAAAACAGUCUUCUGUCAAGGACGACCAAUAGGAGCAAUUGUGGCAAUAGAUCAGCUCACGGCACAAAAAGCAGCAGCAAUCGUCAAAGUCGAAUACGAAACACUUUCUCCGAUCAUCACAAUUGAAGACGCAAUCACCCAUAAAUCCUUUUUCUCACCUCCUACAAUAAUGAUAUCCGGAAAACCAGUCGAAGCAUUCGAAAAAGCCGAUCACGUUCUAAUGGGAGAAAUUCGAAUCGGAGGACAAGAACAUUUUUAUCUUGAAACCCAGGCAACUGUCGCUAUACCAAGAGACGGUGAUCAAUUGGAAGUAUUUUGUUCAACUCAAAAUCCCUCCGAGGUGCAGAAAUUGAUUGCUCGUCUCUUGGGACUACCAUCAAACAAAAUUACAAUCAGAGUUCCACGAAUAGGAGGUGGAUUCGGUGGCAAGGAUACAAGAGCAUCGAUGGUAGCCUUACCAGUCGCCUAUGUCGCUUACAAACUACAAAAACCCGUGAGAUGUAUGCUCGAUCGAUCGGAAGAUAUGAUGAUGACUGGAAAUCGUCAUCCGUUCCUUCAUAAAUACAAAAUUGGUUUCGACAACAGUGGCCUCAUCAAAGUGGUGGAAGUUGAGAUGUAUCUUAACGCUGGAUGCACUCUAGAUGUAUCGGGAGCAGUUCUAGAACGUGGAAUGUUUCAUUUUGAAAAUUCCUACAAAAUUCCAUCAUCAAAAAUUACUGGCUAUUUGUGCAAGACAAAUUUACCGUCAAAUGUCGCUUUUCGGGGUUUUGGUGGACCACAAUCGAUGUUCUUGGCUGAAAACAUGAUCCGCGAUGUUGCAGAGUUUCUCCGUCGAGAUGAAAUGGAUUUAAUAGAGAUGAAUUUUUACAAAGAAGGAGAUGUAACUCAUUAUAAUCAGCGAUUGGAUUAUUGUACUUUAGAGCGUUGCUGGCAGGAAUGUCUUCGAUCUUCGGAUUUUAGGCGAAGACAGCACGAAAUUGCCGAAUUCAACAAAUCCAAUAGAUACAGAAAGAGGGGAAUAUCAGUUGUUUCCUCGAAACAUGGAAUAGCUUUUUCGGAACAAUUUCUAAAUCAAGGAGGAGCAUUGGUCAAUGUCUAUCUUGACGGAUCGGUGUUAAUCACUCAUGGAGGAGUGGAAAUGGGUCAGGGAUUACACACGAAAAUGAUUCAGGUUGCCAGUCGUGUUUUACAACUGGACUCAGAAAAAAUUUCCAUUGGAGAAACAUCAACUGACAAAAUACCAAAUACCACAACAACCGGAUCAAGUAUCAGUUCUGACAUGUAUGGAAUGGCCGUCUUGGAAGCUUGUGAGGAAAUCAUGAGGCGAAUUAAACCAGUUAUUGAUGAUAAUCCAACAGCAUCAUGGGAGAAAUGGAUCUCGGAAGCCUAUUUAAGAAGGAUUCAACUUUCAGCAACGGGAUUUCAUAAGACUCCUGAUGUUGGAUAUUGCAGAGAAACAAAUUCUGGAAUGUUGUAUCAUUAUUUCACGUAUGGAGUGGCUUGCUCGGAAGUGAAAAUUGACUGUUUAACUGGUGAUCAUCAGGUGUUGAGAACUGACAUUGUUAUGGAUUUGGGAGAGAGUUUAAAUCCAGCUAUUGACAUUGGUCAAGUGGAAGGAGCAUUUUUACAAGGAUAUGGAUUAUUUACUUUGGAGGAAAUUGUUUAUUCUAGAGAGGGAAGUCUAUUGAGUCGAGGUCCGGGAACGUAUAAAAUUCCAGGAUUUUCGGAUAUACCACAACAAUUUAAUGUCUCUUUACUAAAGGGUGCUCCAAAUCCAAGAACAAUUUAUUCCUCAAAAGCUGUUGGCGAACCGCCACUAUUUCUCGCGUCUUCAGUGUUUUUUGCAAUAAAAGAGGCAAUUAAAUCUGCAAGAAAUGAUUCAAAUAUCGUUGCACGAUUUCAAUUCGAUUCGCCGGCAACUGCUGAGAAAAUUCGUAUGGCUUGCGAGGAUCAAUUUACAUCUCGAAUUAAAAGCGAUGGGAAGAAAGCUUGGAAUGUUGUACCUUAAAAAUAAAUUUUGCAACUUAAAUUAAAAUUUUUUGAAUCUUUUUCAAUUGUUGUUAAUAAAACUGUAAUAUACCAUUAUCAAAUGUUGAUAAAAAUAUUGAUCUUAUUAACUGUUAUAUAAGUUUUAAUUUACUUAUCUGAAACUACUUUGAUUAAUUAGAUAUUAGGAAACAAUUAAAUUGUUCUUUGAUCCUUUUCUGGAAAAAAUAAGAGUAUUUUUUCUUUUCGUAUUGAAUGUUCGUGACCAACGCAUCUGAAAUUGAUAAUUCAUUUAAGAAAGUUUAUUUUUGGAUGUUCCAUACACUGUAAUUCUUUUUUUUAUUCAUCUUGGUCACCCUUUCAUCGAGUGUUCAACUCUUCUUGAUAAUAAAUGCAAAAGAAAAGGGCUAUCAUUAUCGAUGAACUGAAAGCGUGCGCUUCUUCCUCAUUUUUUUUGUUGGGUGCAUAAGAAAGUAGAUCUAUCUUUAGCUAUUCGAAAAAAUUAAGAGGGAAGUUAUUUCAUUCUGAAUUUCAUUUCCUAUCUUACAAAGAAUGAUAAAAAUACACUUUGUCCAUGUCAAUGAUCAUUAUUUCAUUAAUAAUUCUCAAGUUUUUUUCGACUCUCUUAUUUUCUAUAUUAUUUUAUUUAAAUUUAAUCUACAUUAUAUUUUAUAUUUUUCUAUUUUAUUUUUUAUUACAUUUUUUAUUUUCUUUUUUUUUAACGUACACUUAUUUUACAGUUUUCAGUUUCUUAAUUGAAAAAGAUGUAAUAAAUAUGAAAUGAAAUUGAUGUAAUAAAAUGAACAUAUGAAAAAUAUUGAAAUAAUUUAGAUGUUAUUAACAUUAUGAACUGAUGAAAAUAGUUCCUCAUUAUAUGUAUUUUAAGACUAUUUAUUUAUAAUAAAAAGCAAAUAAGUCUUCGAGUAACACACAUUGUUUAAAACUUGUUAGAAAAUAGAAAUU